AUGGCGGCCUCGGUCACCUCCAAGAUGGCGGCGAGGGCUGGUGGAGGGCUGUUCAGUCGAGAUCAGACAGGCAACGUGCCUACCAUGCGAGGACUCGUGUCGUUUAUCGCUGACCUGAGAAAUGCUCGCGCCCGUGAGCUCGAGGAGAAGCGGAUCAACAAGGAAUUGGCAAACAUACGACAAAAGUUCAGAGAUGCCGGAUUGAACGGCUACCAGAAGAAGAAAUACGUCUGCAAGCUCUUGUACAUAUACAUUCUCGGUUGGAACGUCGAUUUCGGACAUCUCGAAGCAGUCAAUCUUGUCUCGGCGACCAAAUACUCGGAAAAACAGAUCGGUUAUCUCGCCGUCACCCUAUUCUUACACGAAGAACACGAACUCCUACACCUGGUUGUCAACAGUAUUAGGAAGGACCUGUUGGACCACAAUGAGCUCAACAACUGUCUGGCAUUGCACGCAAUUGCAAAUGUGGGUGGCAAGGAGCUGGGAGAGGCAUUGAGUGCGGAGGUUCACAGACUCCUCAUCUCACCGGCUUCCAAGGCAUUCGUGAAGAAGAAGGCCGCCCUCACGCUUCUGCGCCUUUACCGGAAACACCCUGCAAUCGUACAGCACGAAUGGGCCGAACGAAUAAUAUCACUCAUGGAUGACCCUGACAUGGGCGUUGCACUCUCUGUCACAUCACUAGUUACGGCACUCGUUCAAGACAACGCCGAACAAUACAAGGGAAGCUAUGUUAAGGCCGCGAACAGGCUCAAACGGAUAGUUGUCGACAAUGAGUGUGCCGAGGGCUACUUUUACUACAAGGUGCCUUGUCCCUGGAUUCUGGUCAAGCUGCUCAAGCUAUUGCAGUACUACCCACCUCCUGAGGAUUCGCAUAUUCGGUCACUCAUUCGUGAGUCGCUUCAGAAGAUCAUGGACUCGGCGCUCGAGAUGCCAAAGAAUGUGCAACAGAAUAAUGCACAAAACGCAGUCCUUUUCGAAGCAAUCAACCUUGUCAUUCACCUCGACACAGAGCAGGAUCUAAUGGUGCAGAUUUCACAGCGACUGGGCAAAUUCAUCGCCUCUAGAGAGACUAACGUGCGGUAUCUGGGGCUGGAGGCCAUGACGCAUUUGGCUGCUCGAUCAGAAAACCUCGAUCCCAUCAAGAAACACCAGACCAUCAUCAUCGGCUCAUUAAGAGACAGGGAUAUCAGCGUGCGGAGACAGGGUCUGGAUCUACUCUACAGCAUGUGUGACCCGACAAAUGCCCAAGCAAUCGUGAACGAACUCUUACGCUACCUUCAAUCCGCCGACUAUGCUAUACGAGAAGAGAUGGUACUUAAGAUUGCGAUUUUGACGGAGAAGUAUGCCACAGAUGUUCAGUGGUACGUUGACAUAUCGUUACGACUGAUUGCAAUGGCGGGAGACCACGUUAGUGACGAAGUGUGGCAACGUGUUAUCCAAAUUACCACCAACAACGAAGAGCUCCAGGUGUACGCCGCCCAGACUAUCCUACAGUACAUCAAGGCGGACUGUCACGAAACGUUGGUAAAGAUCGGAGGAUACUUGCUUGGAGAGUUUGGCCAUUUGAUUGCGGAUAACAAGGGAUGCAGUCCCAUCGAGCAAUUCAUGGCACUGAGCGCAAAGAUGCGAGGCUGCUCGUCAAGCACGAGAGCUAUACUUCUCUCGUGCUAUGUCAAGUAUGUCAACUUGUUCCCUGAGAUCAAGCCACAGCUUCUCCAAGCAUUCCGCGCCUACAGUCACUCGCUCGACUCGGAGCUUCAGCAAAGAGCAUGCGAAUACCUCACCCUUGCUACGAUGCCAACAGACAACCUAUUACGAACCGUAUGCGACGAGAUGCCUCCAUACCCGGAGCGAACAUCAGCCCUACUUUCACGACUACAUCAGAAGCACGCCACCACCAGCGACAAGCGGACAUGGGUCGUUGGUGGCAAGGACGCGAAUGCAGAUCUCAAAGAGUUCGGUCUUGCAAGGUCGAAUACAUCUGCCGGUGUCAAAAGAAGCCUCACAGAGCCCUUGUCGAAAGAAGCCAGGACUGGUGCAGCGAAUGGCUCAAACGGUGUUGCUACGAUUUCUAGCGACUUGGAGGGUCUCGACCUGAACAUUGACACGACCACGUCCAAGGCACCGAACCUUGCAAGCGCUGCCCACUUGAGUCCGGACUGGGAAAUUGGAUACAACCGCCUCCUUCUCCGGUCUGAAGGUGUGUUGUACGAAGACCAGCAAAUACAAGUAGGCCUACGAACCGAGUACAGAGGGCAACUGGGUGCUCUCAUCUUCUACUUUACGAACAAGUCUCAGUUCCCAAUGGGCUCGUUUACCACGACACUUGACAACAGAUCUUCGGAAACCCUGAAAACAGACAUCAAGGGUCUGCCCGAUACUACGAUCCCACCCGAGGGCCAGACCCAGCAAACAAUCAUGUUCGAAUGCAAGAAUGUCUUCGUCGACCCACCCACCAUCCGCAUAUCCUACCUUGCAGGCGCUCUACAAGCUCUUACCCUCCAACUUCCAGUACUCCUACACAAAUACAUGGAGGGUGCCGAACUCAGCUCAGAGGAUUUCUUCAAGCGCUGGAAGCAGAUUGGCGGUGCUCCCCGCGAAGCACAGAGUAUCUUUGGUCUUGUCAACAAGAACAGGACCAUGAACUCGGACUUUGUACAUAAGGUUGUCAAGGGCUUCAAGUGGGGUAUUGUCUCUGGUGUAGAUCCCAAUGUGAAAAACGUAGUUGGUGCUACAGUAUUGCAUUCAAGCGAGGGCAAGUUCGGAUGUCUGCUAAGACUGGAGCCGAACUUUGAGACUCAGAUGUACCGCAUCACUAUUCGUGCCACUGACGAGUCGGUACCGCCUGUCCUCGUAAAGGCUAUGGAGAGCCGGCUCGCGCAGGGCAUUGAAGGUCUAGCAUAGGCACCAGACCCGCUACGCUUCGUAAAUACGAUAUUCUUACGCCGUAACCCGUUCAAUCGAGGCACCUGUUUUGGACAACAACUCAGAGUGUUCAUAAAUUUAAUCAUAUUGGUGGAGACGUUGAAGAGCCUGCGAUAAUGGAGACUGUUUAGUGUAUGAAGUCGUGGGAGAAGACAAUGUUGGAAGUGAAGCGCAUACCCUUUAAGACACAUAGCAUGAGCAAGCACACAUUGAAGCGUUUGUUUUGCCAUUGGUAGUGGAAUUAUUAUUAUUUGCGCCAAUUA